GGGGGCAUGAGGGAAUCUGCGUGUGAGUGUGUGGGUUGUGUGUGCCCGGGGAACUGGUGUCUGUGCCCCAGAGUGUGAAGAUACUCAUGACGGUGACGGGUGUCCUUUCGGGGCUUCCCUGCUGUCGGAGUACUUGUUGCAUCCCGUCCUCGCUGAGGGCCCUGCAAAGUCAGUCUUGCUUUACGCCCUGAUUUGUAGAUGAGACUGGAGACCAAAAGGCUUGCCAAAUUCCGUGCAGCUCAGAAGUGGGAGUCCCGGGGCGCUGCCCCUGCCCCUCCAUUGCCCCCUCCACUCUGGGCCAGAGGCAGCAUGGUCCGUGGGGCACCAUGGGACCCGACAGAGUGACAGCCAGAGAGCUGUGUGAGAACGACGACCUUGCCACCAGCCUUGUCCUGGACCCCUACCUCGGCUUCCGUACCCAUAAGAUGAACGUCAGCCCCGUGCCCCCGCUGCGGCGACAGCACCACCUGCGCUCAGCGCUGGAGGCCUUCCUGAGGCAGCGGGACCUGGAGGCUGCGUACCGGGCCCUGACGCUGGGAGGCUGGAUGGCCCACUACUUCCAGAGCCGGGGCCCUCGGCAGGAGGCUGCCCUCAAGACCCACAUCUAUCGCUACCUCCGAGCCUUCCUGCCUGAAAGCGGCUUUACCAUCCUGCCCUGUACACGCUACUCCAUGGAGACAAAUGGAGCCAAGAUCGUGUCUACCAGAGCUUGGAAGAAGAACGAGAAGCUGGAACUGCUGGUGGGCUGCAUCGCAGAGCUGCGGGAGGCGGACGAGGGGCUGCUGAGGGCUGGGGAGAACGACUUCAGCAUCAUGUACUCCACCCGGAAACGGAGUGCACAGCUGUGGCUGGGCCCGGCAGCCUUCAUAAACCAUGACUGCAAACCCAACUGCAAGUUCGUGCCCGCAGAUGGGAACGCGGCCUGCGUAAAAGUGCUCCGGGACAUCGAGCCAGGGGACGAGGUCACCUGCUUCUACGGGGAGGGCUUCUUUGGUGAGAAGAAUGAGCACUGUGAAUGCUACACGUGUGAGAGGAAAGGUGAAGGAGCCUUCCGCCUGCGGCCCAGGGAGCUCCUGCCCCCACGGCCCCUGGACAAGUAUGAGCUCCGGGAGACCAAGCGGAGGCUGCAGCAGGGCCUGGACGGCGGUGGUCGCCUGCUGGGCCCCAGGGCCUGUGCUCACCUCUCCGCGCUGCGCCGGGACCCGUUCUGUGCCUGCCAGCCCUGCUGCCCUCUGCCCUGCGGUGCUCGCCCGGAAGCCUCGCCCCUCUGGCUCCAGUGGCUGCCGCAGCCCCCACUCCGAGUGCGGCCCCGGAGGCGCCGACGCCCUCAGCGGCGGCGGGCCCCAGCGCCUCCCGUUCUCCGCACUGCCCGCGUCUCCCUGCACCAGUGGGGCGGCUGUGGCCCCCGCUGCUGCCUGCGUGCAGAGGCCCUGGUGGCCCUGGGCCCAGCACCCCGUGCCCACUGGGCCCCUCAGCAGGACUGGCACUGGGCCCGGCGCUACGGGCUGCCUUACGUGGUGCGUGUGGACCUGAGCCGGGUGGCUCCAGCCCCACCUGCCACCCCUGCCCCGGCCGGGACCCCAGGCCCUGCCCCCAUCCCCAAGCAGGCCCUCGCCUUUGCCCCCUUCUCCCCACCCAAGCGCCUGAGGCUGGUGGUCAGCCAUGGCUCCAUUGACCUGGACGUCAACAGUGACGGGCCGUGACAGGCUGGACGGGGAGGCCCCAGGCCAGGAGAGGAAGGAGUCCCUCCUCGCCCCCCUCCCCCCGAGCCCCAAGUUCUUGGGGACUCACUGACCUCUAGAAGGAGCCAUUGGCUGGCCCUAGGCCCCAGCACAGUUCUGCCCUGGGCUGGGCUGGUUUGGGGACACCCGGGGGUGUGACCCCUGACCCUUUGUGACUGCUGUCCCCUGAGCCACCCCCACCCCAGCAGGGUACCGUGGCCACUGCUGCCCUCCUACCCCAACUCCAGCCUCAGGACUGCGGGAGCUGCUCCCUUCCCCACCCACCUCCUUCCUGCCCAGGGAGCAAAGCCAUAAGGGGUAGGGGCCACCCCAUGGCAUCUCCCCAGAAGCCCAGGCCUCAGGAGGCAACGGAGCUGACCCAGGGUGGCACUGCCUAGAGACAACAUGACAGAGGGGAGAGGAGUGGGCUUGCUCCUGGCUCCGCGACUGUCUGUGGCAAGGGGCUGUCUGGGACACGUCCUCACCAGCUGGGGGGGGGUCUCAGGGAGGCUGGAUGCGACCUCAUCUUUCUCAUGGUGCUAUCCCUGGUGCUACUGGGGUGUGGGGGGGGUCCCUCCCCUCCCCCACACCAGAAUGGGGUAUGUUGGGGGAUUGGAAGCACUUGAACUUUUUAUUUUAUUAAAACCUUGUUAUAAGCAGU